GCGGUCAGUGCCGCCUCCCUCCGAGCUGGAGGCUGAACCGACACGCGAACAUGUGCCCGCUGCCCGCUGCUCUUUCAGCCGAGUCAGAGCUCCAGCUGCGAAGUGAUGGCAAGGACGGGUAGCUAGUGGCCAACGACCAACCGGGUGUUGACGCUUGUUAUCUCUGAGGCCCUCUCUGCUCCACCUCUCCACCUGUCCGGGUGUGUUGGAGAACCAGAACCGGUCUGGCUGUGACACCGCGCCGCUGCUAAUUUAGCUAACGUCGGCUAACCAGCUGCGGGCUCCUAAAAAAAUGGCCACUGUUCCAAUUCCUGCUGGUACCAGUGCACUCUUGCUGGAUAUUGAAGGCACCACGACACCAAUCACAUUUGUAAAGGAUAUCUUAUUUCCAUACAUCAAGGAGCAUCUUGAGGAUUACCUGUCCUCUCACUGGGAAGAAGACGAGUGCAAACAAGAUGUUCAUCUCCUAAAGAAACAGAUUGAAGAGGACAUGAAACAGAACCGGUCGUGUCCUGUCCACGCCGUGGACCAGACGGUUCACACAGAUGAGGAGAAGGCCAUUAGAGAAGUGGUGGAUAAUGUGCUGUGGCAGAUGGCAGCAGACAGGAAGUCGACAGCGCUCAAGCGGCUCCAGGGUCACAUGUGGAGGGCGGCGUAUGCUUCGGGGAGAAUCAAAGGCGAGAUCUAUCAGGAUGUAAUUCCGUCCAUCAAAAGAUGGAGAGGGCAGGGCCUUAAAGUCUACAUCUACUCCUCUGGGAGCGUGGAGGCACAGAAGCUUCUGUUCGGGUACUCGGUCGAAGGAGACGUUUUAGAUUUAUUCGAUGGUCACUUUGACACCAGUAUAGGGGCUAAAGUAGAUGGAAAAAGCUACGAGAGAAUUGCAGAGAGGAUUGGCUGUCAACCUGAGGAAAUCACGUUCUUGACAGACGUCACUCGAGAGGCUAAAGCUGCCGAGGAAGCCGGGCUGAAUGUGUUGGUGGUGGUCAGGCCUGGAAACAUGGAGCUGACGGAUGAGGAGCGGGCCCACUAUAACCUCAUUACAUCCUUUAACCAACUUGAACUGACGGGACGAGUUUAACGUAGAGCGCGGAGGAAGACGAGGAGAACUUCUCUGACUUCAUGUCAUAAUGACCUUUUCCUUCUCUUCUUUGCCCCCACCCACCCGCCAAACCACCCACCCACCCACCUUUCUGCAACUCUUGAUUUUUUUUGUUUGGUCUACGUCGACAUUUCCGGAGAUGUAAAAGAGAUGCCGCUGGGGCCACGGUCAGCCACCAGUGGGGCUAAAGAGGUUCCAGCCUCUGAGAAGUCCAUCCUUCCAGUUCUCUCAGGAUGCUUUUCACAUGUAUGGAAACGCAUCUGCAGAGCGUAGUAGGAGCUGAAAUGGAAAAUCACUCUCAUUGGACCUUUUUGAUUGACUGGGAAGAAAACAGAAAAGCUGUAGCUAAAAGUUGCUGCACAUGACCUGUGAGGUUACCCUACCUUUUUACCUUUUAGAUGAAAGUCCUGAACCUCUUCAGUGUUAAUCAAAACUUUCCAACUGUAAGUGUGCGUGUGUGUGUGUGUGUGUGUGAGUGAGAGUUGUAUCUUGUCGUCGUCGUGUAGACAUUUUCCAUUUGUUUCCCUCCCUCUACCCGUGUUGCAGACGUAUGACGUUUUAUCCAGUAAUUGAACUGUAAUAUUUUAGGAAGUAGAACAACAGUAUAGAUGCACUCAGCAGAGGUGCCGCCAACAGGAAAGUUAUCAUUUCAUACUGUGUUCGAAUGUCUUUAGUUAAUCCCCUCACCUUUGAAUGGUGUCUAUUUAAAUGUGCCAUCCUCAUUGUUCAUACGUGACGUGGGUUCUUGGAAAGUUACCUAAAAAUUGCCAAAAUAUAUGAUUUAUGUGUGAAACAGAAUUGGUAUUAUUCAGGAAAGUUACGUACAAUAAAAAUGCCUUGUCUCACACA